AUGAGCAACUACAAGGACAACCGAAGCGAUUGCAAUGGGGGCGAACCGGGGCAAAUAGCGGAUCUCUCUCGUCCGUGUCGAGAGGAAGUCAUCUCUCCGGAAUCCUUGCACUUGCUUCGAGCCGAAGAGGCGCUCGUGGCAUCUCUUGUCAUUGAGGACGGCAGCAUCGUUAGCAGGUACCGGACCAUCGCAGAUACUGCUGGAGUGGACCAGGUUGAUACUACUGAGAGUGUCCCAGAUGAUAGCAGUUGGGCGCACGACUUUGAGCCACCGGACGAGCUCGAACUUGAAACGUCCCUCGUCUCUCAUGAAGACGACAGUAGCUGGGCUCAUGACAUUGAGCCACCGGAGUUUCUUCAAAUACACAUGGAGAUCCAAGAGAACAAAUCAAAGACAAAAGAAGCCUCCAGUACAUGUACUGGCUCCGGUAGAGACGUGGACUUCGAGAGCGACUUGAGCGACAGCUAUCGGAGUGACUCGGAACCUGCUGUUGCAAACCGCGCAGAAGAGACAGAGCAACGAGUGAAGAAGACUCUUUGUGUUGCUAUCAUGACAGCCUGUGGUAUGGUCCUGUGUAUACAGCUAAUCAGCAGAAUACUAUCCAAGAUUCGAGAGUACAGGACCAACGAUCUGGAAGCGCAUCAAGCUGUCGAGGAUGCAGCCGACCAUAGCUCCAACUUCCUAUAUAUAGAACAACAGGCACCAAACGCUGCAGCCACCGCUGUACAAACCACCAGUCAACAGAUGGCCACAGCUGCCGCCCAAGCUGCCACAAGUUCUACAGCUGCAGGGUUGUCGACUAAGGCUUCUGUAGGCGCAACAAUGGCCGUGUCUACUGGAGUCAUGGCCCAGGCUACCGCUGCCGUGGCAGGAGCAUCCAUGACAACCCAAGUUGCCGCCUCCUUGGGCAUUGCUGCCGUUAUUGCCACUGGAGCCAUUUCUGCCAGUGCCUUCAACCAAGCAGCAGCCAGAAGCAGCAGCACUUUUGGCUUCAAAACCAGUAAUGCUACGGCUGCUCCCAGAGUUCCAUCAGAGCCAUUUCCACCCCUAGACAGUGGAACAUUGCCAGGCACCGGCCUACCAGGCAAUGUGUUUGGUCCAGCUGCCCUUGCUGCUGCUCUCAAGGAGCUUCUAGGAGACUCCAACGCUUCCAGUUUAAGCACAGGAAAAAACAGGACUGAGGUUCCCACUGAGUACAAUGGAACUUGGAUGACUAGCAACACCGAGACAGAACAGGAUGGGAUCUACUGCCAAGCAACAGCUGAUCUUGUGGAGUGGAAAGAAGGGCUGGUGGACCUUGUCAUUGAGGGAUUGCCCUUCAAUUUUACUACCCAAAGGCAAGGAGAGCUGGAGGAAAUAUUCAAGCUGGUGUACAAUGACUUGUCAGGAAUGUGCUCUGGAUAUUACCAGCGUGUCUUGCAGAAUGUGAGACUUCAAGAAGUGAACUAUGUAUCUGCUGGUGAGAAUCUUCUGUUUACCUACACUCAGUGGGUCGUGCAAGUCACAUGUCUGGGCUGCUCCGAUGAUAACCCCAUUUUUGGAGUGCCAGAACAGGUUGACAGGGCUCUGAAUACUUUCCCCACAGAAGGCAGUGGGAUCCCAAGGCUAUCAGACCCUUUCUCAUUCUUCACUGAUUUUGUGGAAGAUUUCAUGUUUGAAAUAGGGUAUAUCCUUGCAUUGCAAGUUGAACAAAAUGAAGUUAGGUUGUUUUCAGGUGCUGUCCUGAAUCCAAUCAGGCCACAAGAAAUCAUGGUGGAGUACACCGGCAGAGGUUCACCCGUGACCACAAAGCCAUCAGAUUCGUCGACAAAUGCACCAAUGUCAAUGAGGCCUGGCAUCAUUCAGACCACAGGAGAGCCAAUUUCAACCCCGUCAUUUUAUUCUCCCAAACCAACGCUGUCACCUUAUUCUGUUCACGAUACUCAUGAAACAGAUGACCCAACAACAGUUUGGCCCACAACUGUUCUGCCAAGUUCAAGUCCAAGCAUAGUUUCCAGUUCUACAAUACAAAAUCCCUUUCAGUCACCGUCAGUGACAGGCACACCAACAUUUCCUAGACCCAAGAAUAGCUUCAGCCCAUCUUCUACUCCACUGAUCCAAAUUUCUGCAACCAAGAGACCAGUAACAACCAAUCCUGCUGCGCCAAAAUGGGAUGUCAAUCCUGAUGCAGAAAGGCCCACUGUGUUUCUCCCUAAAGACUCAACAACAACAGGUGUCCCAAUAACAGAAAGAAUGCCAACUGUCAGCCCGCAGGUACCAACGGAUAGAACUGAACCAACCUCUGGCGGCACCUCUGCAGAUAGCACAGCAGCUGGCACAACAAACGAAGGAAGCCCAGUAACAGCAACUAAAACAGAGCAACCCAUUCUUCUGCAAAGCAAAUCUCCAACUAGAAGACCAACUGAUCCUCCCACCACUCAAACUCCCACAACCUUGAACCCCACAACACCAACACACAGUCCUAGUGCUUCUCCUACAACAGGAAGCCCCACUACAUCUCCUACAAGCAGCCCCACCUUAUCACCAACAGAACUGCCAACCAAUGCCCCCACUACCCCACCAACUGUAAGUCCUACCAUUUCUCCAACCAACCCGCCAACCCAGCCACCAACAAAUGCUCCCACACAGCCACCAACCCAAGAGCCCACAAAAACUCCAACAACCCCCCCAACGACUCCACCCACAACCAAUAGUCCAACCGUGACAACAGGGAAUCCGAGUGCUGCUCCAACCACAGCUAGCCCCACAACUAGUUCUCCAACGUUGCCACCAACUCCUAUACCCACCAGCCAGCCCACUGCCAGACCAACAAACCAACCUACACCUGCACCUACUGGUCAACCUACAAACCAGCCAUCGUUGUCUACAUCCGUUGUACCAUCAGCUAGUCCCACACCGAUUCCAAACACAGGUUCACCAACAGUAGCACCCACCUGUGGAUUCACUGCAGUGACUGCCACUUACUACAUGGGAUUCACCAGUGACAUAUCAGAAUUGGGAGAGGAUUUUCUGAGUUCUAACUUUGCCAGGGCUUAUGACUUUGUAGCAGAUGCUACUUGCUCGGCUGUUGUUACCAAUGUUACAAUCCAAGAGAGGUUUGCGAUGGGGAAUCAUCAAAUUCUUCAAGUUUCUGUGACAACUGAUCAGACCAGCACCAAUCCCUUUUUGGGGAAUGCCUUGGAUAAAAGAGACUUUCUGACAGCCUUUUCAGGACUGACUGAUACUUCACCUGUGUAUAUCAGGGAAACAAGGCCAACUGAACAGCCAACAUUAUCACCUACAGAACCUACAACUGAAGUGCCCACUGAGCCACCUGCAAUCAGCCCCAGCAAUAGUCCCCCUACCACUAGUCGUCCAACCACCAUCAGCCCCACUCUGACAACUGCCAACCAAGCCAAUUUUCCACAAUGUAUCAAACGUCGAAUGCCACUGCAAUUGGUUCAGUGGAGCCAUCAACUCUCCCAACCACAGGAACUUCACCCAUGCAUACUCCCACUGAACCAUUCACACUUGCACCGACAAUAA